AUGCGUGUGGUGUUCCCCCGAAACUGCUGUGCCCUGAGUUUAAUUCUGGUGGUGCUCAUCCCCGUGACCGGAGCCUGGCGCUCUUUCAAGGUCAUCCUCACGAACAUUGAUUUUGAGAGCGACGACAAGAUCUUGGAAGUUAAGGUGGACCUGCAGAAUGAGUUGGGCGACUCCAAGGUAAGCGUAGACAUCAAGACUCUCGAGGACUUAGACGACGUCCAGCUGGCGGUCGAUGUUGGACUGGAAACGGACAAGGGGAACUACUCCACUCUAAUCAACCGCACCCUCAACUUCUGCAAGCUGAUGAAGCAGCGCAACUCGGAUCCGCUGCUGCGCGGGAUCUACGAAGACUUGCUCAAGCACGGAAGCUUCUUCAAGGAGUGCCCCAUCCGGAGUGGCACCUACAGUUUGACCAACUACAAGGUAGACGAGGAGAUGCUGCCCAGCUUUCUGCCGGAGGCCAAGUUCCGGUUCGGCUUGCAGAUUUCUAAGCCCAAAGGCGGAACGAUCGUUCGGACCACCAUCUACGGACGCAUCGACAAGUCCAAGGGAUUCGACAACCUCAAGCGGUUCAGUCUGGGUUGA